AAAUAAAAGUAAUACAAAAAAUAAUAAAAUAUAAAGUCAUUAAUUAGAGGUGUCCUUAAACGUGAGGCUGGUUAUGUGCCCCUAUAGGCUUAGAAGCCAUGUGUGGGUAAGCAGUCUGAAUUUGUAAUGUAAUGUGGGUAUUAUUAGCAUGCCGUGAAAGAGAGGUGGUCACCUGCCACGUUGGAGAUUUCAGAGGCCCACGUGCACAUGCUGUUAUCCCUUUUGGGGAUGGACCACUAUAAGAGAUCAGCAUGCUGGCCAAUAAAGGACACUGAGAGAGAGAGACAGGAGAGAAAGACACGAGAAGGAGAGUUCCGUAGAGUGAAGGAAGACAGAGAGAGAGAGAGAGAAAGAAAGAAAAAGAGAGAAAGAAAGAGAGAGAGUGAAAAAAGAAACAAAAGAGACUCAGUGGAUGCUUCAGCUGACGGAGUUUGUCCAGAGAGCAAAGCGUUGUCUUGUGCAUGUUCUUCUAGCGCAUACCAGCCAGGGGUUAGGAGACAUCCAUCUAGACGUCUAGACGUCCCAUCAGAAGGAGCCGCCACAGAGAGAGCAGACAGGGCCAGUGUGUAGAAGAAGAGGAACACAACAGAGGCGACAGGGCCAGUGUGUAGAAGAAGAGGAACACAACAGAGGCGACAGGGCCAGUCUAUAGAAGAAGAGGAACACAACAGAGGCGACAGGGCCAGUGUGUAGAAGAAGAGGAACACAACAGAGGCGACAGGGCCAGUGUGUAGAAGAAGAGGAACACAACAGAGACGACAGGGGCACGUCGUUAGGUACCGCAGCCUUCCAUCCAGCUCUCUCCCACUGUCAUAGCCAUGGCUCAGCAGGUGAGAAGCUUGUCCGCCCUCAAGCCUUUCUUCAUGAAGACUUCCAUCGGCGUGAGCAGUCCCCGACGACAGAGGCGGCACACCCUGCCCGCCAGCGAGUUCCGCAACCUCACAUCUCAAGAUGCCAUCAGUGUGUUUGAGAUCGAGAGAGAAGCGUUUGUGUCCGUGUCGGGGGAGUGUCCGCUCACGCUGGACGAGGUGCUCGCAUUCCUGAGCCAGUGUCCGGAGCUCUCGCUGGGCUGGUUUGAGGAGGGACAGCUGGUGGCCUUCAUCAUCGGAUCAGGCUGGGACAAGGAGAAGCUUGCAAAGGAGGCCAUGACCACCCACGUCCCUGGCAGCCCGAGUGUCCACAUCCACGUGCUGUCUGUCCACCGCCACUGCAGGCAGCAGGGCAGGGGCUCCGUGCUGCUGUGGCGCUACCUGCAGUACCUGCGCUGCGUGCCGGGCCUGCGGCGGGCCGUGCUCAUCUGCGAGAAGUUCCUGGUGCCCUUCUACCAAAAGGCCGGCUUCAAGGACAAGUGCCAGUCGGCCAUCUCCGUGGGGUCCCUCAGCUUCCGUGAGAUGGAGUACCAGCUGGGUGGGCUGGCCUACGCGCGGCGGAACAGUGGCUGCUAGAGCCACGGCGACGGCGCCCCCCUCUUGGCUGGCUCAGGGUACUGCGCUCGGGCAGACCGUAAUGACUCAGGAACUCACUCAGUCAGAACGACAGUCUCCCCCUUCUCCUAUUUGAACACUGCCGGCAGCCCUCUCUGCUCCACGCGACAGGGGCCGCAGACACACCGCAUCUAACGCACAGCCAGGGACGGGACUGGUUGCACACGGGGCCCCAUGUAUAUCUCAUGGCUGAUCAGAGAUGUGAAAUGUGGGUGAUCAACAGCGUAUGUCAAAUAGAAUGUGAAGGCGAGGGGAGAGAUGUUCAGUGAUGUGUGUAUAAAGUUGUACAUAAGGGAAAUCUCUCCACUGUGAUUGGCCAGCCACUCCAGAGCACUUUAAACUUUAGCAAUGUCCUGAGAAACAUGUUGCAUCACAUUUCCUGUGUUUAAAAUGCUAAAUGUAUGACUGUGAGAAGGUGAAUUCCCUCCCUUCUCACCAUGGCACGAAAAAGGGAUGUUGGCCUUUAAGAGACUUUGACUCCCCCACCGCAAUGGUUGUUUCCAUGCUCCCCCAUGUUUUGGUGGGGUCCAAAUUGGCCCAAUUUAACCCAAGUGGCUGCCCUAUUUAAAGGGUGCCUCAUGGAAGCAUGGGGGAGAACUUUGGAGAGGCCUGAAGGUGUAGCGCUGACCUGCUGUGAGGUUAAGUGUGUACUGUGUCUAGCUGUGUGGACACUGUUUGCCUUGUUUUGUGCCGCUAGUUUAUGUACUUAGUUUCGUGCUUAGUUUCUGGGUCUAGUUUGGGGCCUAGCUUGUGCCCCGAGUGUGCCGGUAUUAGGCCUAAAUGGGCCAAGCAGGUACCUAGGGUGCCUAGUGAAUUGAGUUACUGUGAGUACUGUUUGUAUUUGGAUUUAUGUUUGUUCAUUUCGUGUGUAUAUAUGUUUAGGGGUUACUGGAGAGAGCCCCCUUUGUAUGUAAAUAAAUACAUGUCUAUUUUUUAUAAGAGACA